AUGUCGUCUCAAGAACAGAACAUGCCGUUCAUCAGGAACCUGGCCUCCAGCGACCGCAAACUCCGAACCCAAGCCCUAACCUCCCUCCAAACCUUCCUCGGCUCCCACCGCGCCCUCUCCCACCUCGAAGCCCUCAAGCUCUGGAAGGGCCUCUUCUACGCAAUGUGGAUGUGCGACCGCCCCAUCCCGCAACAAAACCUUGCCUCCGAGCUCGCAGGGCUAACAGCCUGCCUCCGUAACGACGACGUGCCCACCUGGCUCGCCGCCUUUUGGGAGAUUCUCUCCAAGCAGUGGACGGAUAUCGACGUCCUCCGCAUGGAGAAGUUCCUGCUCCUCGUGAGACGCACGUUUACGUCCGGAUUGCAGUGGGUGAAAGAGGGCGAGUAUCAAGAGGAGAGGGUGGAGGCGCUGUUGAAGGUGUAUGGGGCGUGGCCUUUCGAGGUGGAGGGCGAUUUGAGAAAGGUGCCUAUUGGGAUUAGGCUCCACGGGCUUGAUAUCUGGGCUGAUGAGCUCGAUCGGUUGGAGAUGCUUGAGGAGAAGGACGCCAAGGCGGUGGCGUUUGCGAAGAAGGUCAGCCAGCUUGUUGAGCCCUUGAAGAAGUCGCCUGUCAAGACUGUGCGGGCCAAGGCUGCGGUUGUGGUUGAGGACGAGAGGCUGCCGUGGACGGAGAGCAAGGCUGCUGAGGAGGGGGCUGCGGACGGGGAUGAUGAUGAAUGGGGCGGCAUUGACGAUCAAUAG